CGGUGAUUAUUUUUCUAUCUUUCAGAUACGGGUGAUUCAUCUCAGAGGAAAAUGGAACCUCAGAUAUAGUAUUUCACUUGUUUUUGUGUGAUGGAAUCGGAAGAAGCACUGAGAUAUUAUUUAGAUGAAGUUAAGGAUACUCAAAAUGAUAUAAAUAACGUAGAGGAGGAUCUUCAUAUUCCUAACGAGGCUGAACAAGCAACUGAUUUUCUCAACAAUGCCGGAUUAUCAGAUCUCACGAUUAUAUACCAACAAGGUAAAGAAAUAACGGAAAAUGUUGUCAAGGAUUCAGUUAGACAAAGGAAUUUAACCGAAAAACAAGCCCAGACGAUACGAUUCCGAGUUCGGACUCUAAAUAAAACUUUAAGAAGUCGCCAGCCAAGGAGGAAACAACGGCAGGAUAUUAGAGACGUCUCUUGGAAUGUCGAGACUUCAAGUACUGGUACAAGAUCCAGGUCUGCCACACCUGAUUCUCUUGACUCUGUGGAAAAUCUGAAUGAUGAUCUCACCUCGGACGAAGAGCAACAACUUAAUUCUUUGAAUCCAUU